CAGACCCAUUUAUGGUAGAUGUGCUCUCUUACUCAAUAUUCUCGGUGUAAACCGAAUGAGCACCGUUAAUUUCCGCGUACCUUUGAGGAAGUGAAGCUUGAAACCACGUACUGAACUUACAAUCAAGAAGGCAACGGAAGACUCACGAAGCUUGGCGUACUAUUUGAUAUAUAAAAGUCACUCGUUCGAGUGCUUCUACAUAUCCCAGCAUUUGUUGAUCGAGUCAUAUUCUCGUGCUAUCAUCAUGACUACAUCCUUCAAGAUACUUUGCGUUUCCCAGUUUGUCAUCGGGUUUUUGAUGCUUGUGUUCGGCUUGGUCGAUCGACUCAAGGUAAAACUCCCAUACAGCUUCGUGAUGUUUCCAAUUUGGAUCGGCAUUUUGGCGGCCAUCGCUGGCUCUUGGGGCAUCUUGAUUGGAAAUUACUAUCAAAGAAGAGGUUUCCAUGGGCCGAGCAUGUUGUCAGGGCUGAGAGCGAUUAACAUCGUAUGUGCUGGACUUGCCUUCCUCUCAUUGUACUUUUAUGUAGGUACUUUAUCAGCCUUAGCCUACGCAGAUAAUAAUGUAGUGUCUUUUUAUGCAUCGCCGCACCCUCUCGAAAAAGGCAUAACAUCUGUGGUCAUAAUCCUUUCCGGUGCUGAGAUGCUCUGUGGAGUUUGGUUGGCCUUGUUGAACAAAGAAGUAAUGUUCCUGGGGUCUACGUCACCCAUUCAACAACAGCAUCAGCAGCAGCAGCAUCAGAAUUUUCAGUUUCCUGGGGCGUAGAUCAAUUCUGGAAGUACGCCAUAGCUCAUUAACUUAAGCAGCUUUUGUAAGUUAGUAUUUGUGUAAGUUAGAAUUGUGUUUUUGGAUAAAGCGGAUUGUGGAGCCAAACUGACAAAGCACUGUACCCCUUCGUUCCUCUAACCCUUUUACACAGUUUCCUAGAUAUUAUGAAAGUAAAAGAAUUAAAGACAGAUUGAAUUUGAAAGACAGAAUUCUAAUGACGGAAAGAAAGAGAGAGAGAGAGAGAAGGAAAGAAAGAGAGAAAGAAAGAAAGAAAGAAAGAAAGAAAAUUAAACAAACAACUCUAUUCUGAGGCACCUGAAUUGUCUUAAAUGGCAUCUCGUUUCAAUUCGUCGUAAUUAGGCAACUAUUAAAUGAGAAUAUAGUGUUUCAUUGUCGCUUCCUUGCUAAACAAUAUUCGAUUAAUCGAAGCAUAAUACCAGUCCUAUGCCGGAACAUCUGGCGGGAACGUUUUUCAUUAAUGAUUUGUAACGUCCUAGUACUUGUUUAAUAGCUAUAAGAAUGACACGUAUUAAAGCUGAUAUUUUAUCCG